AGCAGCCCAGGCGCAUCAACGUCAUUGCACCUGAAGUUUCUUAUCACGGCUCGACUCUGGGGUCCUUGUGAUUGAGUGGCCACGUCGGAAGACGGAAGCUUCUUCCAAGACAUGCUGCUCAAAAAUAUCCACCGUGAAUCGGCUGCGAACGAGUACAGGGGCACUGCCGCAGACCAAACAAUGCAGCAGUACGUGCAGCAACUGGCCGCCGAGCUGGCUCAAAAAUUUCAGGAUAUCGGUCCUGAUACGUUUGCGCAUUUGCUGCUGAGCCUGUUGUUGGGGCGGUCAGCAUUGAUCUUCUGCGCGUUCAUGCGCUCUGCUGAUUGUGUUGUGCUCCAGGCCAUUGGCACAGUCCCUGUCCCUGUUGGCGAUUUCAAAGCCAUGAAAGAGAUGUGCGACAAAUAUGGAACACUCCUCAUCAUGGACGAGGUUAUAUCUGGAAUGGGUCGUGUGGGAUGGCUUCACGCGUGGGAGCAAAAAGAAGUCGUCCCAGACAUUGAGACAAAGGUCUGGGAGGAGGAUUCGCACCAGUCGCUUCUGUGCUCAUCAACCACCGCGUGGCAACGGUUAAGUGGUGAAGUCUUGCGUCUCCUUUUUCUCGAGUCUAAUAUCCGCACCAGGACUUUCUCAGACGGACACACGUACCAAGGCCACCGUGUGGAAUGUGCCACCGCAUUGGAGGUCCAACGUAUUAUAAAGGAAGACAAUCUGGUGGACAAUAUUCGCGAAAACGGCGAGUAUCUCGGCAAGCUUCUGCACAGACACCUAGACAGUCACCCAUAUGUGGGUAACAUCAGAGGCAGAGGCUUCUUCUGGUUAGUACUUCUGAUAACGCUGUUGUAUCUGGUUGAUUAUGAUUUAGAGCUAAUGGAUUUGAAGCUUGGAUUUGUUGCGGAUAAGAAGACGAAAGAGCUAUUCUCGCCAUCAGCAGCCAUCGCGAGCAAGGCUCACUCGACCGCGCUCAACAACACAGGCAUUAGCUUGUGCCCGGAAACGGACACCAAGGACGGUGUGAAUGGGGACCAUGUCCUGCUCGCCCCUGCUUACACGAUCACGAGCAAAGACGUUGGGAGGAUAGCUGGCAAGGUGAAGGAGGUGGUGGUGACUCGGGCAUACGAGAAGAUUUGAUAAGACGGGAAGAUGCGGUAUGUCUGCAUGUGGUGAGUCAGUGCCAAGAGGCUGCUUUACGGGAAAGGCUUCAGCAUGGUGUUGUAACUUGUAUCCGUAGAAUCGACACAUAUCGCAAGUAAGAGACCAAGCGAGGCGCAUUUCUGGAACUCAAGAGAGUUUUCUCGCCCAGUGUGCGUGAAGGCGUACUAUCAGUAUCU